AUGCCUUAUGGACAUAAGCGCCCUUCGAUUAAACCGUCAAAGAGCUUGUCAGGCUACGGCUUUACAUCUUCUCAGCGAAAGAAACCGAAAACUGUUAGUUUUACAACAGAUGAUUUCAAUUGGCAAUGUUGGCAGUGCCUUAGCGCCUUCUCUACAAGUAAAGACUUGGAUAAUCAUCUUAGGAAGUGCAGUUCUCGUAAUGCUGCUGAUGGAGACGUUAUUCUACCUGUUGACGAUAAUCUACCUGGAUGUCCAUUUUGUCCUCGUGAUGGUUGCCAAGCCGAAUCCAAACCCUAUUACCUUAGUGAUUUUGACGAACAUGUGCAGAAAAAGCAUCCGGAUGUAAAAAAACUUACCUGCCCUUAUUGCAUCAAUAUAAUCGAUUCAGAAUCAAUCAGUGAUCUAACAUCGCACAUCUUACUUGUUCAUGAAAUCCACUGGAGACCCAGUCCCGCCUCAAUGGUCUAUCAACGCACCACAGAUGUUGCUCAUCGAGUAGUGACCUGUCUAGGUUGCGGUUGGUGUACAUUCGUUCUCCGCGCCCAGGAUGCUGUUGCACCUCCAGCGUCUCUAGCAUCUCACAUGUCCCGAUGCGCAGGCAAGGGUGCUCGUCUUUCUGUUCCCAGCUUCCCAUUUACUUCCAUUCGUCGACCAACUCGGGCGUUGAUCUCAAAACUCACAGACGAUUCAAGAUCCGCUGGAGACGCAUUCGCUAUUCGAUUCCCCGGUGUUCGAGGCUAUAACGCUGCAACAGAGCUGUCUACUGUCGGACAUGCGCCAGAUUCAUCUGAGAUGAUGGUUGAUUCUCCUGCUUGGAGGAGAAUGAAAUACGAAUCCCCCCUGAGGAAACCAUCUCCAAAUAUCGUAAAAUCGGCUACUGUUAAGGUAGAUCAGUCACAGGUUGAGGAGGUGCGGAAAGAUGUAAAGAAACCGGAUGGUGAAGACAAUAUGAAUGGAACUGAACCACCUAUAUUGCCCGAAAAGUCAAUUCCAUUAGAAGAAGUAAAAGAGGAAAAAGCCGAAAUAGAAGAGGAGAUACAAGUAGAGCCAUCAAAUAGCACAAACAUGGAGAGCGGACAGGAGCAUAUACCAGAAUCUGAGGCCGAAAAGGAGAAUGAAAUGGUCGUCGAAUUGGUGGACCAGCACGAUGAACAGCAAGAGCCCCAGGAAGUGCAACGACAGACAGCAUCAAGGAAGCGAACACCGGCGGGAGUUUUGACACUUUCAUCCUCAAUUAGAGGCUCCUCUGUACCAGUUGGGGUUUUCGAUGUACCUCUUGACCUACCCCCAUCUCCUCCACGACCUGCUAUGGAUGGUCAAGAAGUUACUAGAAAUCCUCCGGGAAGAGUUUACGUGUGCCCCAUCUGUGGAGAUAAUGCCCUCUCCACUUUGAGAGAACGUGAUAGGCAUUUGGUAAACGAACAUUCUGGAGAAUUGGUCUUUCCCUGUCAGCUCUGUGGAAUGGCCUAUCCAGUGUAUAUUGCAUUGCGUCGCCACGCAGUUCUCAAGCACUCAUCUAAUUUCGAUGCCGUACUCUACGGACAUGUAGAUAUGGAUCCGAUCGAAUGUCCCUACUGUGAACUUGUUGCCUUUACAUCCCCCGAGGUUCUCCAGUUGCAUCUUGCCAAGUUCCACCCCGAGCAACUUGAACAGCAAACUGUAACUUCCGCUGUUGCAUCUGCACUCGCCCAGCCAGAUUCCGAAACGGAGAAUGAUGAAAAUGACAAAGAUUGGACAGAGACUGGGGAGAAUGGAGUGAAAUCUCCUUCUGCUGUUUUAACUUCUCUGGCUGUAUCUGAUGAAGAUAUCAUUAUUCCCAAACGUGGAAGGGGUGGCCGUGGCAGAGGUCGCCGAGGAAGAGGCAGAUCGUUAGGAGCGCCAAUCUACACACCUGGUGAUCUUUUAGAUGAUCCAGACUUCCUCGAAACCUCGGGGUCGGCACGUUAUCGUUCUCCACGUGGUCGUGGUCGCGGUAGAGGUCGCGGACGAGGUACGCUUUCCAAUACCCCUUCGCGACUUAGAGGAACUGGUCGUCCACGUGGACGUCCAAGGGGCUCAUCUCGUGCCUCUUUCGGUUUUCACACAGCAGCUAUGGCCGGAUUGGAUCUUCCUCCACCCACUCGCAGUGAUCAUCAACAGGAUGAAAAUUUACAUACUCCGAUGAAUGCUACUGGCUCUUUUGAAGUUACUUUGGCGCAGACAUCCCCAGGGCACGCUCCACAAUGCUGCCGCUUGUGCGGUCCUGAUAAUCCAAUCGUUUACGACAACCCCAAGGAACACUGCAUUCACUUAGAAUUGGAUCACAAUUCAGAAUCCGCCUUGGAACAAUUGGGUUGCCAAGCCUGUGGUCGCAUUUUUCUGGGUCCUCAUUAUCGAACCGAUAUGAUUGGCCAUAUUCGCGUGGCCCACCAAUCAGAAGAGGAGGCAAUAACUUGUCCAAAUCAUUUCGCUGGUUGUGGAGCAAAAUUCACAUCAAGUCGUCUGCGUGAUAGUCACCUUCUCAUUUCAGACACACCUGGAUGGUCUUGUCCGUUGGAUCUGCAGGGAGAAAGCUUGCAGGCAGUGAAUGAAGUGACUCAUGCUGGGGAUCAUCCUAUUGCUUCUUCUAUCGAUACAAUGGUAUUAGCUACUGAAAUAGCUGCUGAUGCUAUCGGACAAAUGGUUCUGGCCUAUGGUUGUCCUCUGUGCUCUAGAGUAUUUGUUGGAGAGAAUUGUACCUCUCGAUUUUUGACCCAUCAAUCGGAGUGUAAUGGAAAUACCGGCGUAGCUGACCAAUAG